GCCGGAAAUGAGGCAAAGCCGGUCACCUCUGAGGAGCUGGUGACAGUUUGGCGUGUGAGUCACAGUGCAGUGAUGUGGUUCGAGAUUCUUCCUGGCCUUGCCGUCAUGGGGGUGUGCUUGAUCAUCCCCGGAGUGUCCACUGCGUACAUCCACAAGUUCACCAACGGGGGCAAGGAAAAACGAGUUGCCCGACUUCACUACCAAUGGUAUUUGAUGGAACGAGAUAGACGUGUGUCUGGAGUCAAUCGCUAUCAUGUGUCAAGGGGCCUGGAGAAUAUUGACUAAGGAAGCAUUUUCCUGGCUGCUGAAAAAAAGUUUUCAGCUAUGGUCAUCUGUUCCUGCUAGAAGGCUAUGCAGCAUAUUAUAUACCAUGUGCAUAUUAUGUGAUGCUUAAUAAAAAACUUUAAAUCUAAA